CUCAAACUCAAGAUCUAAAGAUUCUAAACUAAACUCAAAUGGAGAAGAAACAGUCAACAGAACGAGAUAUAUCAUCUGCCCAAGCAGUUUUACUUGGAGCUUUAGCUCCUGGUGUCAACGGUCCCACAUGGAAUACACUGAAAACAGCGUUUUUGAUGUUGGGUCUUUGCCUGGCGGUUAUGUUCGGUUUAGCAUUCUCCUCUAGCGACUCUACCAUGAUUCUUCAUGUUGCCUUCCUUGUUCUCAUCACCAUCACCCUCUUUUUACUUCUUGACUGGUUUCUUGAACAGACUGGUUUGGUUUCUGUUGAACGUCAAAUGCAAGAGAUGGACUUGGUACCAAAUGAUCGUCGGAGAUAAUCAAUAAGAAGCAAGAAAACAGAAUUAACAAUUUUCAUUUUUUUUUCUUAACAUUUAUGUAGCAUUUACAAGUGAAAAUUUCAUCAACAAAGGAGGAACAGAGACAAGAUGAUAAAUGAGAGGCAUUCCUACAGAGGAAAUGAGAAGAAAACGUUGAGGGAACAGCGAGCAAAUCAUGGUACUUCCUCCACUUGCUCCUGGAACCGCAUCAGAGACACCCUCAUUAGUCGCUCUUUGGCUCCUUCUCCUUGUGUUUGCUCUUCUUGCUCUUGAUGAAGCAGAAGCAUGAGCAGCAAGGGAGCUGAAGCAAAAACUUCAUAUUUCAUGUGUUGAUGGUUCAAAUGUUUGCAGAAAACCAAUGUCUAUAUCGAGCUCCAUCCUGGGUUUAUUAUUA